GUCACAGUGAAGGCACUAGGACAGCCUUGCCUUCCUCUGUUGAAGAAAUCAUUGUUGCGUGGGGGUUUCAGGGGUAGGAUUAUUCACCUUUGUUCUCGUCCCUGCUGGCCGGGGUACGAGUAGGGAGCUGGUCUCACCUGUCAGAUGCUGGCAACUGACUGGCCCUUACAUUCUCCAUUGAAACAUUGCACUGAGAGGAGCAGAGCAGGAUGCAGAUGGUAGAGAGAUACAGGGCAGAUGGAGGGCAGGAGGAGGACAGUGGAGCACCAGAGGGGUACGUGAAGGAGUUCACACGCCACUCCAGCGAUGUCCUGCGGAACCUGAAUGAGCUAAGGCAUCGAGAUAUCCUGACUGAUGCCACUCUGCUUGUGGGCACUGCCAGCCUGCGGGCACACUGUGCUGUGCUCAUCGCCUGCAGUGGAUUUUUUUACUCCUUGUUCUCACGGCGUACUCUGGUGGCGGGGAGAGAGCGGCCGGUCUCUCUGUCCCUUCCCGACUCACUCGAUGCGGGCAGCGUGUCCCUGCUGCUGGACUUCAUGUACACGUCUCGCCUGGCCCUGUCUGCCCGCACGGUCCCUGGAGUGCUCGCUGCUGCCACCUAUCUGCAGAUGGAGCACGUGGUGGACACCUGCCGGGCGUUCAUGCUGAAUAGUGUGGAAACAUUGGGCAUCCCUCAAAAAGAGCUGGACUCUUCCUCAUCUGCUGUUUCAUUUGCACCCCCUCCUGGAGGAGCAUUUCCCAACAACCCACCGAAUGGCCGUCCAUCCCUACAUAACCCUGCCUCCUAUCUGGCCGGAGGGGCUGCUGCCAACCUGUGUUGUGACUCAGCAAGGGUUCCCAGAGAGACCUGGGCCUUGAAGGACCCAAGUACUUGCCCAACCCAUGAGCCCAGAUCAGAAAGGGUAAAGCUUGAGGCUGACUCACCAAACCUGGAAUCCCCCACUCCAUGCCCAGGCAGCCCCUCCCAGUCUGGUUGUCAGCCUAACUCCCCAACUGAAUCCAGUGGAUGUAACCAGGCACCCCAACAAGUGAUGCACAGUGGGACAAAAUACCUCCCUGAUCCAAAGGCCUGCAACUGGAAGAAAUACAAGUUCAUUGUUCUCAACCCCCUCUGCGCUGCAACUGUCAAGGAGGAGUCGGCAGAUGAGAAGGGGCUACAACACUGCAGCCACACGCCCAGUGGGACAGACAAGUGUGCUACUACAUCCAAGCCUCCACUGGAGGUGUGUCCAGUGGAUGGACUGAGCCAUAGUAACAGGUCAGCACAGGGCUUUCAUUGUGACAUAUCCAAACAUGGAUUACUCCAAGGGGCUUUCCAUGGGCUGGUACCCCGCCCUACAGAUGAACUACCACACCUACCCACCCAAAUGACCCAGGACAGCUCCAUCCCCUGUGGGUCUCUCUGCCUGCACCCUUGUGCCAGUGAACCACAAACCACCCAUAAUGGACACGUGCUUUGCCUUGGUAGCAGCUCAAACAGUCAUCCAAUCAAGAAUGAGAACUGCUGCUCAGAAUUUCAUGUCAGCGGAACCACGGGGGGCAAACCUGUCAGUGUGGGAGACAAGCCAUAUCGCUGCAGUGUGUGUGGCGCACAGUUCAACCGACCGGCUAACCUGAAAACACACUCCCGCAUCCACUCUGGAGAGAAGCCCUAUCGCUGUGACACCUGUGGGGCCCGAUUUGUGCAGGUAGCUCACCUCCGUGCCCAUGUCCUGAUCCACACUGGGGAGAAGCCUUACCCCUGCCACACCUGUGGCACCCGCUUCCGUCACCUGCAAACCCUGAAAAGCCACCUGCGCAUUCACACUGGAGAGAAGCCCUACACUUGUGAGAAGUGUGAUCUGCACUUUCGCCAUAAGAGCCAGCUGCGUCUCCACCUGCGCCAGAAGCACGGGGCCGUCACCAACACCAAAAUUCGCUACAAAGUCCUGGUGGACCCCUACCAGCCUGUCCUGCAGACCUGCUGAAGUCAUCGCCUUGACUCCUCUGACCCGCUCUGCGUACCUAUGGCCCUCAGACAGACGAGGAGUACAUUAGUCCCCCGCUGUUUUGUGUCUUUGUUUCUUUACUUUACGCUCUUUUACUUUUGUCCCACUGAAACUAUAUGCACUGGGAGCAGUCCCUACUCUCACUUCGGUCUCACAUGUGAACUAUAGCUCCACACAAUUGAUGAGGACCAUUAACACAAGGGUCGCAGUGUCGGAAGUGACAGUCAGUGUUAAGAAAGGCAUGUAAGUAGGUGCUUGUGGUGGCCCAGACUACAGCUAUGUAGUAGGUGUCGUAUCAGAAACUCAGUGGACAGUUUGUGCAGUAGCUGCUGCAGCUCGGAGUGUAUUGUGUAAAAUGUGUGAAUUUUUGGAAAAUUUGGAAGUUGAAGUUGGUAUUGUGUGGCAUGGGAGAAUUUACAGAUGAUGUGUGUGAUGGAAAAGGCCAUGUUGUGCAGAGGAUCAAGCCAGUGUAGUUAUUGUUAUUUUGUGUUGAGUACUGCAGACAUCAGGAGCCUGUAGGAGUAGCUGGGAAGGGAGAUGUGCUUUGUAUUGUUAAGCAGGUGUUAAGGGCUGGAAGGGCCUCACAGAGAGUGAAUAGAAUGUGACAGCAUGAUUGGUCAGAGGAGAGGAGAAUGGAAAUAAAACAGAAAGGUAUGGGAACGUGGAAAAAGAAUGUCUGAGAAUGUAGAAUGAAAGCAACUGCUGGAUGAAUGAGAUAGCGUAGCAAGUGAGGGAUUAGAAAGUUUGGAGGAUAUAUUUUUUAAUUAAUAUGGAAUAGAGGGAUAGUGGCAACAUGGUUGCAUGGCCUGGGGACACUUCUGUCACUUUGUUGCUCCCCACUUGUGUGUGGUGCUCCCUACUUUUGUGCAGUGCUCCCCACUUGUGUAUGUCACUCUCCACUUCUGUAGGUGAUCAUAAUGUACUGUAAAAUGUAAACACCUCUGUUCAGGAUGUAUCCUGUUGGUUUCUGUGUUCAGUGGGAAGCCUUUUUCCCCUGUGCAAACAGGUUGCAUCAUUCAAAGGACCACCAAUGAGUACAGUGGCUUACUUAAAUGUCUUACUUAUGUUCUGCGCUGUAAAUCAUGAAUUUGGUUGUGGGUGCUAUUUAUUGUGUGUGGGGUCUGAGAUAGGCACUGCCCAUGACCUGGGCCAUGAAAGUACUGAUGCAGUCGUCUUGUGCUCUUUUUUUAAAAAGACAGUAAAUACUAUACCCUGUUAAAAGCAGAUAAUCUUAACUGCAUUUCAAUGUCCAGGCAGAAAGUGCCAGCGACUUAUCUAAAUACUGUUAAAGAAUAAUUGCUUUGAAAGCAGUCAAGAUAAUUAUGCAAUAUAAUUGUAAAAAUUGAUGAUGAUAAUAUAUAAAAAUGUAAGGAGCUCUUUUGCUGGACAAAGACAAGACUUGUUUCAUACCUUUUUAAAUAAAUUAAUUUAAAAUAUAUCAUCCUCAUUGAAAGUG